AGAUAAAAGUAAACGAAGGUCUGUACAAUACAUAUCGGUCUGGCUGGGGAAAUACACAAAUAUGAGUCAUGCAUAGGUAUCUAUCUAUAAUUCAUUCAUUCAAGAUAAGUUUAACAGUGCUGUUUUAGUGUCAUUGCGCUGAUCCUUCGCAGCACCUAUUAGUACCAUGACUGAAUCACUAUCUACCUCUAACCAUGUACCAGAUGAUGAAUUCGAUUUGGAAUUUAACGAUACUGUAAACAUAACAACGACAUUAGAGAGACUUAAAGAGUUCUCCUACUACCUCGUGGAAAAUGUGGAAUUAAACCUGAAUCUAUGUCUCAGACUUCUAGAAGAAAGGGAAGUGCCCAGCAAUCCAAACAGCAUUUAUACAACCGCCUUCAGCAAAUUACUUUCUACAGUACCUAAAGUAGGCUCUGCAUUAAGCAGCGCUGUGACCAAAGGCGAAAUAAUAAUAUUCGACAAAAUAGACAAGACAAACUCGAGAGCUUUAGCCGAUUUGGUUUAUUAUUUCAGUGACCAUGAGGAAGAAAUCCGAAAUAUACUAAUCGAAUCAUCUGUUGAUAUAUUCUUCAGUUUCGAACAUCAGUUUACCAUGCUAAGCUGUAACGGAGGACCUAAAAGAGCAAUGCAGAAACUCGCCAAAGACGCUUCUGACAGAAUAUUCAACUACUUCCUGGAAACUGAGCAGAACAAAAGUGCCACACGGACAGAAAUAACGAAAGGAGUGCUAUUUGGAGACUCAAAAAGAAACAAAGCUGGUUUGAAACAAGGGAAAACAGUUGUGAAAGACGACACGAAAUGGAAAACUUGUAAACUAUACCGAAAAACAGGAAUUGUGAUUGUUGAAGAACAAACUUUUUUUAAAAACAGCAACUGUAAGACGGAGAAAUACGGACAUAGACGAUUACUACCUUGGGAAAAUCCAGAAGACAUUAAAGGGACUUGGGAAUCAGAGACGGGUUUCCAGGUACCAAAUUACAUGCUGACUGUUAAAGAAGAUAUUUUAAAGACUGUGAGGGACUACAUAAUGACUAAAAAUCCAUUCGAAAAUGCAAAACUGGAAAGAGAGAAUUAUAAUAAUGAAGCUACGGAAGAUCGUAACCUGAAACACAAAGAAGUACUAGCAACUUUUCGAGAACACUUCAGAGAAUUAUUAGAAGAACUGGAACAACAAUAUAAAAUUAUAGCUCACAACCAUUGUGAAAGUAAACAUUUAGUGGUAGAGAUUUCAAAGAACCAAGGGGAAGAGGGGGUUUUCCACCAGGAAAUCAGUACGAAGCUUGAAGAAAUAAAAAAAGAUAUAAAUGAUACUAAGGUUCUAAUAGAGCGCAGUGAAACUAUGCGCUCAAGGGCUUCUGUUGUUCAAGUUGAAUCGAGUGACUCUAUGUUGACAGUCGAGGAAGUCAAGGAAAUAGUUAAAGAAGAAACCAGUAGGGAUUUACAAACACAAAUAGUUGAGCUAGUGAAAAAAAAACUAGCAAGAAACGAUCCCGGUCCAAAAAUAAAAAGGGAAAUUAAUAGGAGUUUAAAAAAAUUAAAAUGGUAGAAAAAAAUUAACCCAGUAUUCAUAAAACGCAUUUUGGUUAUUUGAUAACGAGACGAAUUAGAAACUGUCAGUCAAUUAAUUAGUAAUUGCAAACCUAGUUUAAAUAAUAUCCACAGUGUAAGAUUGGUUAAAAAACAUUAAUAGUUUUUUUUUUAAUAUACUAUGUUACUACCUACA